AUGUGUGCCUUCACAAAAAUGGACGGUAUGAAUGGAGCAGUCAUAGUUGUGAAUUUACUGGUGCGAAAAGGUCUUCCUGGUGCUCCUGGUUUCUGCGCCGCCUUUCAUCACCUCUUGCCUAGGCCCGUUGGUCAGGGAUGCAGCAACUCUGUACCUGUGAGCUUUAUCGAAUUGCUGUCUGUUCCCGAGGAACGCCGGGCUCGUUACCCCCCAACUCCCCUCCCUCAAGUCGUCACCUUCGAUGCUGACGCCGAACGCUUGCUUCGCGAAGUCACGACUACGGCAGCAUCGUUCAUUGAUCUUCUCACGUCGCGUCCUCACCCUUUCGAUCCUCCUCAUAGGCCCUACGGUCGGCAGGAAGCACGUGCUUCUUCAUCUGCGACUCCACACACCGGGCCACGCCCAGAGCCUGUGCCAGCCGCGCAACCGGCGAUACCACGUUUGCCUUGA